UUUCAGGUAUAUUUCGAAUCAGAUGAAGUGCAUGCAUGUAUUGUGACAUGUGGUGGUCUAUGUCCAGGCCUAAAUACGGUUAUUAGAGAACUAGUAUGUGGGUUGUACCACAUGUAUCAUGUCAAAAGAAUUCUUGGAAUAGAGGGUGGAUACAGAGGGUUUUAUGCCAGAAAUACAGUCCCCUUAACACCAAAGGUUGUGAAUGACAUCCACAAACGUGGUGGCACCAUCCUUGGGACAUCACGAGGGGGCCAUGAUACCUCUAAGAUUGUGGACAGCAUUCAGGACAGAGGAAUCAAUCAGGUCUAUGUAAUUGGAGGAGAUGGAACUCAGAGAGGAGCUGCGGUGAUUUUUGAGGAAAUCAGGAGGCGUGGCCUCAAAGUUGCAGUGGCAGGAAUUCCAAAAACCAUUGAUAAUGACAUUCCGGUUAUAGACAAGUCCUUUGGUUUUGACUCUGCUGUUGAGGAGGCUCAACGAGCCAUAAAUGCAGCUCAUGUUGAAGCCGAAAGCGUUGAGAAUGGUAUUGGUGUUGUCAAGUUAAUGGGCCGCUACAGUGGUAAAGUAUCAAUCCUCUAUAUAAUC